AAAACAAAACAAUAAUAGUUUACUUUACAACAGAGUACUUAAGCAAUCAUGGAAACAGUGGCAACUGAACCAGAAGCAGUGCAGAAGACUUUGGCUAACAAACUUCAAGUACUAUCAAUUGGAGAUCGUGAGAAACGUUUACCAUCCAGAAAAUUAGCAGAAGCAAAUAAACAAUCCAUUCAUGAUGACUUUUUGCCACAUCUUGCAAAACUUAUAUUGGGCACUCGACACCCUCCUGAAAUAAUUGAAAAUUGGGUCUUAUACGAUUGUAUUAAAGUGGGAAGUACAGGGAAUCCUAAGCGUUAUGGAUUUUACUAUAAUAGGCCUGCUCCUAAUCCACUACUGAGUGGAUGCCCAUUUCACCGUCAAUCGCUGAUGGAUCGAGUUAAAGAGCGGUUUAGUGCAGAAAAAUGGGUAUCAGACUUUGAAAUAGAGACACCUUUAAAAACUAAACCUGCUGGUCUGCAUUAUCGCUCUGAUAUUUACAUACAAAACGCUGUAUCCGAUUGCUUCGAUCAAGAAGAGGAGCAAAUAUUUAAAUAUGUAUAUUAUCAGCAUGAAGAGUAUAUGAAGAGUAAAAAGAUAUAA